UCUUGAUUAGUGGAAGUUAAUUGAUAUCCAAUUAAAGUCAAGAAAUUUAAGUACUAAUUAUCUUAUGUUCGUUGGUGAUUAAUUAUUAGAUAUAAUUAUUAUAAUAUCUCGAAACAAAUUGAUUAAUCAAGAAAGUCGACCAUGGCCUCCAGUUCUAAUAAGCUUAAUCCACUGGAGAUAAUGCAAAGCAUGUUUAUUCCUACAAUGGCGACUAUAGAUGCAUCAAUUGAGAAAAUAGAGAAGAAGCUUGAUCAAAAUAAUGAGGAAGAAUGGAAUCAAGUGGACCAAAUGACUACAUCCAUAACUGUCAAUAAAAUCUUCUUGGCAAGUGCCUACACAGAAAUUUGGGAGCAUUUGAUGAAAUGUCUUUAUAAGACAUAUAGGACAGUUUUGACUAAGAGGAUUGUAGAAAAGGUGAUUCCUUCAUUGGAACAGAAGAAAACUUACAAGUUAUUUCUUCACCAAAUUGGGGAACAAUGGUCAUUAUUUGACACUUACAGAAGAAAUCUAGAGAUAAUUUUUAAGCCUGCGGAGGAAAUGGGACGUAAUCCUAUGGUCACACUGACUGCUCCUUUGUCAUUACUUGAAAUUGCAAAAAUACGCUUCUGUCAAAAAGAGACUGGGAAGAGCGUCCAAACAUGUAUUGAUUUUGAUACUGUGGAGGUUGUUGCCACGACAUAUAUGGCAGAUACUUUGGAGGAGGCUAAUACUGUUGUUGUGGUGGUGUGUGAAGGUCAGGAUGGGUCGUGUUACUUUGAGAAGACGUACCACCUUCAGAUUGUGAUGGCAAAUACCUCUGCAGAAAGCUGUCAAACCGUGGGUUAUACAGAUUACUGGGUUGCUGAGGUGUCACCAUCUGAAUCGUCUCAUAAAUUUCCUUCAUCAUUAGAGUCAUAG